GCACGCACAGCCGCACGGCCUUGUGGGACUUGUAGUCCGCACGGCGCGCCAGCGAGUGUGCGGCGCAAAGCCCCGAACUACGACUCCCGGCGGCCAGCCCCGGAGACGCGGCCCGCGGAGAGGCCUCAGAGUUCCAUGGCGGCGCCCCCAGCCUCUGCUGACGCGCCCCGCUUGCCUCCGCCGCCCGCUGCGGCGGGAGACGGGCCCGACCGGCCGGCGGAGAGGAGCGAGGCCUCCUGCGAGGACCGCAGCAAUGCGGAGUCCUUGGACAGGCUCCUCCCAGCUGUGGGCACCAGGCGCUCGCCCCGGAAGCGCACCACCAGCCAGUGCAAGUCUGAGCCGCCCCUGCUGCGCACCAGCAAGCGCACCAUCUACACAGCCGGGCGGCCGCCCUGGUACAACGAGCAUGGCACGCAGUCCAAGGAGGCCUUCGCCAUCGGCCUGGGAGGUGGCAGCGCCUCCGGGAAGACAACUGUGGCCAGGAUGAUCAUCGAGGCCCUGGACGUGCCCUGGGUGGUCUUGCUGUCCAUGGACUCCUUCUACAAGGUGCUCACCACGCAGCAGCAGGAGCAGGCUGCCCGCAACAACUUCAACUUUGACCAUCCAGACGCCUUUGACUUUGACCUCAUUGUGUCCACCCUCAAGAAGCUGAAGCAGGGCAAGAGUGUCAAGGUUCCCGUGUACGACUUCACCACCCACAGCCGGAAGAAAGACUGGAAAACGCUCUAUGGUGCAAACGUCAUCAUCUUCGAGGGCAUCAUGGCCUUUGCUGACAAGACACUGCUGGAGCUCCUGGACAUGAAGAUCUUUGUGGACACAGACUCUGACAUCCGCCUUGUGCGACGGCUGCGCCGGGACAUCAGCGAGCGAGGCCGAGACAUUGAGGGCGUCAUCAAGCAGUACAACAAGUUCGUCAAACCUGCCUUCGACCAGUACAUCCAGCCCACCAUGCGUGUAGCAGACAUCGUGGUGCCCUGGGGGAGCGGGAACACAGUGGCCAUCGACUUGAUCGUGCAGCACAUGCACAGCCAGCUGGAGGAGCGUGAGCUCAGUGUCAGGGCCGCACUGGCCUCGGCGCACCAGUGCCACCCUCUGCCUCAGACGCUGAGUGUCCUCGAGAGCACGCCGCAGGUGCGAGGCAUGCACACCAUCAUCAGGGACAAGGAGAGCCGUGACGAAUUCAUCUUCUACUCCAAGCGGUUGAUGCGGCUGCUCAUUGAGCAUGCGCUCUCCUUCCUGCCCUUCCAGGACUGCGUCGUGCAGACCCCGCAGGGGCAGGACUACGCGGGCAAGUGCUAUGCGGGGAAGCAGAUCACUGGCGUGUCCAUCCUGCGGGCCGGUGAGACGAUGGAGCCCGCGCUGCGGGCCGUGUGCAAAGACGUGCGCAUAGGCACUAUCCUCAUCCAGACCAACCAGCUCACUGGGGAGCCCGAGCUCCACUACCUGCGGCUGCCCAAGGACAUUAGUGACGACCAUGUCAUCCUGAUGGACUGCACCGUGUCCACGGGCGCUGCAGCCAUGAUGGCCGUGCGGGUGCUCUUGGACCACGACGUGCCGGAGGACAAGAUCUUCUUGCUGUCGCUGCUCAUGGCGGAGAUGGGUGUUCACUCGGUGGCGUAUGCUUUCCCGCAAGUGAGGAUCCUCACCACAGCUGUGGACAAGCGCGUCAAUGACCUCUUCCGCAUCAUCCCUGGCAUCGGGAACUUCGGUGACCGCUACUUCGGGACCGACGCUGUUCCUGACGGCAGUGAUGAGGAAGAGUGGCCCUCCACGAGCGAGCCUGAGCGAGCCUGAGCGAGCCUGAGCCCUCCUGCCCUCGCCCCCACCCAGCCUCUUCCCGCCUCGCGUGGCCUUGCUUACAGAGAUGUCGUAACUUAUUUCAGUUUAAAGAAAGACGUUACCGCUGCAACUCACUCUGUACGUUUUAUAAAAUAAAGUUCAGGGAAACGAA